CUUUAUCUUGCCUUUGGUUGUGCUUGUAUAUUUGCAGUGGUGAAUAAGUACUCGUAGCGUGAUUGAGUAACAAAUCGAAUUCGGUCGUAAACGCGAACGAGUACUUGUGUCGCAUUUGUGAAGUUUUACGGAAAGUCAGUGACGCAGUAACACGCAAUACAGGGAACAGCGAAGUGCACGACAGAGACACUCUGAUACGUUUAACCUAACUUAACCUUCGAGGUUUGCAAACAUCCACCACGUUUUUCUCAGCUGCUUGCCCAGCGUAUCGUGUUUUGAGGCACUUCGAAAAGAAGGAAGACCUUACACGUGCUCGAUGUCCGCUGGCAUGUUUCGUAUCUCGGCGAAAACGACUCCGUGUUACUUGCCGUACAUCCUCGCGUUCAACGUACUUUAUACACUUUGGAGACAGAAUCGAGUGAUAUAGUGUUUACUGCAACUGUAUUUGCGUAACUGUGAUUAAUUAACUUAUUUUUUUAUACGUAUUCUAUUAACGUUUGUACGUAGAGCUUAUUACAGCCAUUCCAUUGUACAAUCUUUAUCUUAUACAUUAUAUAAUAUAAAGAUAUCAAAAAUGCGUCACAUUAGUGCAGAGAAACUGACUGCUAUGCAAUUUGAUACAUGGCGUAUCAGAAAUAUAUGUAUACUUGCUCAUGUGGACCAUGGAAAGACUACUUUAGCAGAUUCUCUUGUCGCAAGCAAUGGUAUCAUCUCGAAUAAACUUGCUGGUAAACUUCGGUAUUUAGACAGCAGACCGGAUGAACAACUGCGUGGGAUUACGAUGAAGUCUAGUUCUAUAACACUACAUCAUGUGUACAAAGAAGAAGAAUAUGUAGUCAAUUUAAUUGAUUCCCCAGGACAUGUGGAUUUCUCAUCUGAAGUUUCGACGGCUGUUAGAUUGUCUGAUGGUGCAUUCAUUGUAGUCGAUGUAGUAGAAGGUGUUUGUCCUCAGACACGUAGUGUUCUGUCUGUAUCUUACAUGGAAGGUUUGAAACCGAUUUUGAUAUUUAACAAGAUUGAUAGACUGAUCACAGAGAUGAAACUAUCUCCAUUGGAUGCUUACAUCCGUAUGACACAGAUUCUGGAGCAGGUGAAUGCGGUUAUGGGUGAAAUAUUUGCAAGUGAUAUAAUGGAGCGUGAAGAACGACAAGAGACAGUUCCAACCACUAACAAAGUAAAUGAGAGAAAUUUAACCGACUGGCAAUCUGGACUCGAGGAGAUUGAUGAUUCUAAUUUGUAUUUCUCUCCGGAACAAGGAAAUGUUCUGUUUGCUAGUGCGUACGAUGGUUGGGGAUUUAGCAUAAAAGAAUUUGCCAAAAUUUAUGCAAAUAAGUUAGGAUUUAGCGAGAAGGUUUUGUGCAAGACACUUUGGGGAGAUUUUUAUAUAAAUAACAAAACGAAAAGGAUUAUGAAGGGAGCUCAGGAGAAAGCCAAAAAACCGCUUUUCGUGCAACUUAUUUUAGAUAAUAUUUGGGUGUUGUACGAUACUUUGGUGAUAAGGAAAGACAAAACCAAAUUAUCACACAUGGCAGAGAAGCUGGAUGUUAAAUUGACAACACGAGACUUAAGACAUACAGAUCCUAAGAUGCAGUUGCAAGCAAUCUGUUCGCAAUGGCUUCCUCUGGCACGAGCUUGCAUCGAUAUUAUAUGUGAGGCAGUACCAGCGCCGCAUAAUUUAAACAGCGAGAAGAUUGAACGGCUAUUGAGCGGAAACAACAACUUUCGCAUCUUACCUCUUCAGACUCAGCAGCUCAAAUCAACAUUCUUAGCAUGUGAUUCAUCACCGAAUGUACCCACUGUUAUAUUCGUGUCGAAGAUGUUUCCCGUGGAUAAAGACCUACUGCCCGAGAACCGACCAAAGCCUUUAACAGUAGAAGAGUUGGCGCGCAAGAAGGAGAUGGCUCGGCAGAGGCACGCAGAAAAGAUGUUGCAGGGCUUCACUGCAGAUAAGGUGGAAAGUACGCCUGCCAUCAACAACAAUGACGUGAAGCAUGAUGAUCUUGAUGACAAGAAGCCGGACAGUGCAUUGGUGGCUUUCGCUAGGGUAUAUUCGGGAACUAUUAAAAUCGGAGACGAAGUUUUUGUUUUAGGGCCGAAACAUAACCCUGCGAUUGCUCUAGAACGUGAGGAGGCAGGUGAACAGGUGGAUCCAUCCUUAGUAUUAAGGGAUUUGAAGCCUGGCAGACAUAUCACGAGAGUAACCAUUGAGAAAUUAUACCUUCUCAUGGGGAGAGAGCUGAUAGCGGUGAAUCAAGUUCCGGCAGGCAACGUUUUCGGGAUCGGCGGUUUGGAAGAGCAUAUAUUGAAGACGGCGACUCUUUCCACGACAAUCGCAUGCCCCUCGUUCACAGAAUUGACCUCUCUGGCUGUUCCUAUCCUGCGUGUGGCUCUGGAACCAAAACAUCCGAAGGACCUACCGAAACUCAUCAACGGCUUGAGACUAUUGAAUCAGGCAGAUGCUUGCGCCGUUGUUCAUAUCCAGGAAACCGGUGAAAUAGUCCUGAGCACCGCUGGUGAGGUUCAUCUGGAGAGAUGUCUGGAGGAUCUCAAUCUGCGAUAUGCGAAAAUCGACAUUAACGUAUCGGAGCCGAUCGUGCCGCUUCGUGAGACCAUCGUACCACCACCGAAGCUCGAUAUGGUGAACGAAGCAAUCGAGAAAAAAACCGAGGAAGUCGUUCCUGAGAUUUGGACGUCGAAUCGGCAAUGUCGCUUUGAAGUAGACGCGAAACCUCUUCCGGAGAAUAUUACCAAAUUAUUGGAGAGAAACGCGGGCUUGAUCAAGUUAUUGGACGGUCACUGCAACGGAUACGCGAAAGAGAACGGCGUGCAUGAGAGUCUUUCCGGCGAAAAUCAAUUCAACGAAACGUCUAUGUCCAAUAAGCGACAGAAGGAAAUGAUGGUAUUCAAGGACGAGUUGAAGACAGCUUUCAACGAGGCGGGAUGGGAGGACGAAUUUAAUAAAAUAUGGUCGUUUGGUCCUCGUAAGUGCGGGCCUAAUAUUUUGCUGAAUGCGACGGAUUAUAAGCACAAGAAGUUUUGGGACCACCAGGUCGAGGACGGUGAUUCCCGAGUAGUGUAUGACAGCAGUGUGAUCAACGGAUUUCAACUUGCUACAUUGGCUGGUCCUUUAUGUGAGGAGUCCAUGAUGGGAGUUUGUUUUAUUGUUAGAAAGUGGCAGAUUCUUGAUAUUCCAGAGAGUGUUUACAGUGUUCAGAGCCGAGGACAAUUGAGCGGCCAAAUAAUGUCGACAUUUAAGGAAGCGUGCAGACGAGUCUUCAGUCUGCGACGUCCACGGUUAGUGACACCAAUGUACAGCUGUAAUGUUUUGGUCAACUCCGAUGUACUUGGAAAAUUAUACGCAGUGUUCGGUAAGAGACAAGGCCGUGUCAUCUCCGCGGACAGUGCUCACGGCUUCGGUGGGCAUUUUAGAGUAUUGGCUGUCCUACCUGUCCAGGAAAGUUUCCACCUUGCGAGAGAAUUGCGCACACAAACAUCCGGAUUGGCCAGUCCACAGCUAGUUUUUAGUCACUGGGAGAUUAUCGAACAGGAUCCUUAUUGGGUACCGUCUACAGAGGAGGAAUAUCUUCAUUUCGGUGAGAAGGCGGACUGCGCUAAUGGAGCGAAGAGUUACAUGGAUGCAGUUCGUCGAAGGAAAGGCCUUCCCGUAGAUUCCCAAUUGGUCACACAUGCCGAAAAACAACGCACACUCUCCAAAAAUAAGUGA